GAUAUGCUGCAUUUCACCGUACACAUCCCGGCCUUAAAUAACAGCCCCCAGCUGAAGGAAUUCUUCCGGGGCGGAGAGGGGCAGAGUUGUCCCAGGCACUUGGAGUCGCCAUCGCUACCCCUCCCUCUCAUCCCCGUGCCCGCGGCAGGAGUCGAACAGGGCGAGGAGGCUCUGGGGCUGGUUCAGGAGGAUGGGCUGCUGGAGCCGAAGCCGGAGGCAGCCAAUAAAGAUGGUGUCGCUGAGGCCCAAAUGGAGAACCAAGUGACCGAUGCUUCUACCACAGAGGGGGCCUCUGAUGCUGUGGGACGAGAGGAAGAUCUAGAUGCCCUCUUUGCCUUCCGGGAGGAAGAGGAGGAAGAAGCCAAGAAUGACUCGCCUUCUCACUGCCUCUUAUCGGUCCAAGAAUUAGCCCUCUUUGACCCCUUCUCCAAAGAAGCUUCUACUGCCACCAGCCUCUCCCUUGGGGAAGGUCUGGCUUCUCUGGAGGCCUCAGAGACCAAACCAGAAGCCCUGCUCAGCGCGGACCCGACGCAGAAGCCCGAGGUAGAAAGCGCCUCCUCGUCGGAUCCCAGCAGGUAUCUGCCCCAGGCGAUCGAGCGGAUUCGGCAAGCCGUGUUGUGCGAAGCCUCCAGAGACUUCCAGGGGGCUUUUCACGGCUACCGCGGUGGAGUUGACUUGCUCCUUCAGGGUCUGCAAGGCGAUCCAAACCCAGCCCGCAGGGAAGCGGUGAAGAAGAAGACUGCAGAAUACCUUCAGAGGGCGGAAGAAAUCUUCCAGCAACAUUUGAAGCAUCUGGAACUGUGACUCCCGAUCCGCCGCGAACGCUUGUAUUUAUUUCUUGCUGCCAACAGACCCGGGUUUCAGGCUGACGGCUUUUCCAAGGCCGUUUUUGUUUUCCCAUGUUGUAAAAUAAGUUUGUACAUUUUUUUUUCCUCUUCCAAAGGACUGCAGCUGAAUUCUUGACUUUAGUUGUGCAUUUUGGGCCUUUUCCAGUCCUCCAUCCCUCAAUCCCGGAUUUGGAAAGUUAAACCCGGGUGAAAAAUAAUCUUGGGACCUCUUUUCCCCUUCGGAGAGGGCUGAGAAAGGGGGUUGGCCGAAAGGGCUUCGGUUCACGCAGGAGUUGGUCUGAAUGCAGAAUUCAGUUGAUUCAACUCUCUACCGUGUUAAAACCUU